AGAGGACGAGUAAGAGAGAGAGAGAGAGAGAGAGAGAGACUGUCAGUUGUUUGUAGUCUCAGUGAGCACAGAAGCGUCUUUAAUGACACGUGAUGGUGCUGAUGAUGACGAAGGCGGUGUUGGCUGGAUGUGUGAUGGUCUGGCUGUUUCCCGUCAGCUGUGUGUGUUUCUCUCUUGGUGCGAGUGUUUCUUCAUGUGUGACGAUGAAGCCUGGUCACAUCAGCUCUCUACGACAACACACACACACCGCCAUAAUGAUACGCAGCAGCCGCUCAGUGUACCUGCCGCAUCACACUCUCACAGUAACCGUGCAGAGCUCGCGGGCGUUCAUGGGGUUUCUGCUGCAGGCGCGCUCAGUGCUGGAGGAUCGUGUGGUUGGAGGAGAGUUCACGCUUCACCCACCCAGCACACACACACUGUCCUGUGUCAGUCCUGAUGACACGGUCACACACUCAGACAAAAUGAUGAAGAGGAACCUGUCGUUCAGCUGGAGAGCCCCACCGCAACCCAGCGGAGACCUGCGCUUUUACAUCACGCUGGUUCAGUCUUACUUUGUGUACUGGGCUCGAAUCAGAUCAGCAGUGGUGCAUGAUGGGACACGGAGCUCUUCUGUUACUGACGGUCACACAGGACAACAGACAGCAAACGUGACAGCCUCUGUGUUGGAACAAAGAGUCCAAAACUCAACACUGUCCGCACACACAACUACGUCUACACAAACUAACACGCACACUUCAAUACACUCGCAACAUAACAAACACACAACCACACGAGCUCCAGUGAGCGCACACGCCUCUAUACCAUUACAAUAUAACACACAAACCUCAACACAACCACAACACAACACACCCACACCGCUGAACACACACACCUAUAUAAACUUACAACAUAAAACGCACACCAACACACUCACACCAUAUAACACACAUUCUUCAUUACGCUCACAAUAUAACACACACACCUCUACACAACCACAAAAUAACACACACACCAACACACCUGCACCGUUGAACACACACACCUCUACACAACCACAAUAUAACACACACACCAACACACUCACACCAUAUAACACACAUUCUUCAUUACGCUCACAAUAUAACACACACACCUCUACACAACCACAAAAUAACACACACACCAACACACCUGCACCGUUGAACACACACACCUCUACACAACCACAAUAUAACACACACACCAACACACUCACACCAUAUAACACACAUUCUUCAUUACGCUCACAAUAUAACACACACACCUCUACACAACCACAAAAUAACACACACACCAACACACCUGCACCGUUGAACACACACACCUCUACACAACCACAAUAUAACACACACACCAACACACUCACACCAUAUAACACACAUUCUUCCUUACGCUCACAAUAUAACACACACACCUCUACACAACCACAAAAUAACACACACACCAACACACCUGCACCAUUGAACACACACACCUCUACACAACCACAAUAUAACACACACACCAACACACUCACACCAUAUAACACACAUUCUUCCUUACGCUCACAAUAUGACACACACACCUCUACACAACCACAAUAUACCACACACACUUCCAUACACUCACAAUAUAACACACACACCUCUACACAACCACAGAAUAACACACACACCAACACACCCGUACCGUUGAACACACACACCUCUACGCAACCACAAUACACCACACACACUUCCAUACACUCACAAUAUAACACACACACCACACACACCUCUACACAACCACAGAAUAACACACACACCAACACACCCGCACCGUUGAACACACACACCUCCAUACAGUCACAAUACAACACACACACCAAUACACUUGAACCAUUCAACACUUACACACCAUACAACAAACACACAUCUAAAGACACACACACAAGUUCACCUUUUAAUACACACUCAAACACACAAUCAUUGAUUGACACUCAGACAUCUCAGUCACACACUUCUACACAAACUGUUCCCUUCACUCUCUCACUCGCACCUAAUCCAGUGAGCGCACACACAUUACACACUCACACCCCCAACACACACAAACACAACACUCACACGCAUCUCAAACCCUCUCCGGCUCCUCGCCGAUCUCUCUCAGACCUCUUCCCAUCCCAGAAGCCCACAGAGGCUUCGGUGUCAGUGACCCAGAGACAGCGCGACACGUUUCAUCUGUCGGGAGAUCUUCUCAAACCGCCGAACCGUGCCGAAGAUCUUCCCGGAGGAGAGAGACCGGAGCGCGUGCCCAGACAGAACACAUCUGAGCUGGGUCUGCUGCUGGGUCUCUCCGCCGCUCUGGGCAUGGCCAUCGCCGCCGGUCUCAGGUACCUGCAGAGAAAACACUGCCGCAAACGGACCGCCGUCUCGCUUAAUGACCGUCGCCAUGACAACAGAGGCAUCAUCCACGUGCAAGAGUGUGGGGACCUGGUGCAGGUGCGCAAAAUCCGACAAAACAGUUUCCUGCUGCUGCAGGCCGAGUAUGAUCUCAUAACACCGACAGGAGACUGAAAACACGCACAUAUACUGUAAACACAUGCAUGACAUUUAUAAACAGAGACAAAAAAGCAGAGAACGCUUUCGCAUUAAAUGGAUAGUUCACCCAAAAAUGAAAAUCUGUCAUCGUUUAUGUCAUUCCAAACCCUCUCGGAACACAAAAGAAGAUAUUUCGAAGAACCUUGAACCCCUCUGACUUCCAUCAUAUGAAUACAAAACCACUGGGACAUUUCUCGAAAUAUCUUAUUUAGUGUUCCACUGAAGAAAGAGUCAGAUAUACAACCACAUGAGGGGGAAUAAAUGAUGACAAUUUUGAUUUUCCGGUGGAAAUAAAAUAUCAUUCAUGUUUAGCAAUCAAAAAUGUUGCAAUGUUGUCUUUGUUAUGAAUUUAAUAGUUUAGAAAGUGUUGAACAUGUCUUGACAUCUAUAUUUUUUCGUUUUUAAUAACAGUUAAUAACGGAGUUUAAUUAUUUUUCAUAUUCUGCUCAUUUUUAUGUUAUCAGAGCUAUCUACAGAAUAUGGUAACACUACAUAAAUGGCUCAUUCAUAAUAUUUAGUUAACAUGACCUAUAGUGAGCAAUAUACUGGACUAUUUUAUGGCUUUUACAAUUUUUUUGUUUAAUGUUAGUUAAUACAAGCUGUUUAUUUUGUUAAUUCAUUGUGAAUUAACAAAUAUUAUUUUUUGUAUUAAUAAAUGCUGAAAUUAACAUGAACUAAGGUUAAUAAAUGUUGUGUAAGUUUUGUUUCUUUAUAGUUUAUGACGAAAAACUGUACAUUGUUACCAAAUAU